AUGGCGAACGAUAUCACACGGAUGCUCGAGAGGCUCCCGAAGCACUUCCGGGACUUACUCAUUAGUAGAAUCGAUCAAUCACAGAUCCCUGCGUUACGCACUAAUGGGAAGGUUGUCCUCGAGGAACAACGUUACACCAGGCCCGAGCAGUGGAAAGUGCUUGAAGGAGACCGGGUGAUGUUUGCGAAAGGCCCAAACAAGGGAAAAUUUGGUAAAGUGCUUGGACUGCAUCCGUCCUCCAACACGAUUUACACGGACAUUGCGGAGACCAAGCCGCUUGUUAUCCCUAAACAGCUCUGGCAGGACGGCCAGAACGGUUAUCUCAUCGACUUCCCAAAGACGGUUUCUCCCGACGAUGUGAAAGUGGUGGCGACUCUUGUGAAAGAGGACGGCACCGAGUACGAUAUAGUGGCCGAGGAGGUCAUUUUCAAGGGCAAGUAUUUCGAUGAGGACUACAAGAAAAUGAUGCCUAUCCGGAGAGUGAAAUACCAUGAACACAUAAUCAUUCCAUGGCCCAGACCAGAUCCGGCAGAAGACUGCGCAUUUUCGACUCCACCAGAGGUGGCUGAAGAGAGAACACAUAGCGAAAACUCGAUUCUCAAGUUCGAACAGCCGGCAGACUUCACCAUCGAGUCGCUCAGAGACCCUGUCAUGAAGAGACCGUACAAAUGGGACAAACAGGUGCUGAAAAAGGGAGACAUCACCAAGCUAACAGCUCCGGGAAUGCCAUACAGCGAGACUCAGAAGGCCAUGUUCGAGGAAAGAAAACAGAUCAGAGAGUCUCAAAUCACUGAGAUGUCUGCCGAAGUGAUGGAGUUCAUCGGUUCGAGAGUUGCUGAGCAUCUCAACAAUGUGACCGAUCCAAACUUCAAACAUUACGUGGAGAAAGUGUCCGGACAAUACAGAGAGCGGAAACUUGCAAGAAGAGAGCAGGAGAAACAGUUUCGGGAUCUGCAAAUAAAAGAGGCCGAGAAACGCAACAGACGAGCUAAAAGAGCCAACGCUUCGUAG